CAAUUUUAUUACAUCUUGUCAGACGAAAAGUCAUGGUGAACUCAGAUCGGCCCUACACAGUUGACGAUAACGUUCGUUUCAUAAACUCAACUGUUAAUUCAGUAUAUGAGUUGGUAGCUCUGAUUCCAGGAUCAGACAUCAUUAUGAACUACCUCAAAGAAUCAUACCAACAUGAUCCCUUUCGUGUCGUCCUUGAGCUGUUCCUUGUCUUCUUUGCUAUCAAAUACAUGCUAGCCAAGCGCUAUAAACCCAAUGAUAACUCUGUCAAGUUGACGAACAAGGAGAUUAAUGAACUUGUUGAAGAAUGGCAUCCAGAGCCUCUUGUGCCUGCAUUGAGCUCUUUCGAUCGCAUGACCUUGGAAAAGACUCCUGUUAUUAUUGGACCUCAAUCUGCAAAGCCAAAAGUCGCUGGGCAUACAAAGCCUCUACUCAAUCUUGCCACUACCAAUUAUAUCAACCUUGUGUCUUCUGAACAGAUUAAGGAGAAGGCUAUCAGUACGCUUAGAAACUAUGGUGUAGGUUCAUGUGGACCUCCCGGUUUCUACGGAACUAUCGAUGUACACAUGGAUUUGGAAAAAGAUAUCGCUAGAUUCCUUGGUACUGAUGAAUGUAUCAUCUAUGCCCAAGGUUUCUCUACCAUUUCAUCUGUCAUUCCUGCUUUCUCUAAGAGAGGCGAUCUUCUUGUUGUCGACGAGGGUGUCAACUUUGCUGUUCAGAAAGGUGUUCAAAUCUCACGUUCAAAUGUCCGUUGGUUCAAGCAUAACGAUGUUGAAGACUUAGAACGAGUCCUUGAAGAAAUUCGUGUUGAUGACCUUGUGCACAAGAAGCGCUUGACAAGACGUUUUAUCGUUACCGAAGGUCUAUUUGCAAACUAUGGUGAUAUUGCUCCCCUUUCAAAAAUUGUUGAAUUGAAGACCAAAUACAAGUACCGUUUGAUUCUGGAUGAAUCCCAAUCCAUUGGUGUUUUGGGCAAACGCGGUGCUGGUUUGACCGAUUUAUUCAACGUCAACCCUAGCCAAGUCGAUAUGAUCGUCGGUUCCAUGUCGACCGCUCUUUGUUCGUCAGGAGGUUUCUGUGCUGGCUCUAAUGAAAUCAUUGAUCAUCAGCGUCUCUCUGGUUCCGCAUAUUGUUACUCUGCAUCUAUUCCCGCCAUGUUGGCAGUUUCUGCUAGUGAAGCUCUGAAGAUCAUUCAACAGCAGCCUUCCAUUCUCACCGAGCUUAGUGAACGCAUGCAAUCCGUUCGCCAAACUCUUAAGCACAAAUCAAUGGAGCCGCUGAUUGAUCUCUUCAGUGCCGACAUGGACUCUCCUGCACCAUUCUUACAUAUCCGUGCCAAGCCAACGUUCUUGAAGCUCCACUUGAAGGGUGAAGAGACUGAAGUUUCCCGCGAAGACGAAGAGCGACUUCUCCAAGACGUCGUUGAUGAGUGUGCCUAUCAAGGCGUUCUCAUCACUCGUGCCAAGUAUGUUGUUGAGCAAGAGAGACACUGCCCUAAGCCUAGUAUCAAAAUCUACGCUACUACUGGUCUUACAAAGAAAGAGACCGAAAAGGCAGCUUCUGUUGUCAAGGCUGCCAUUAUCAAGGUAUUUGGCAAGUGGAGACGUGCCUAGGAACCUUGCCUGCAAAACCGGCGGCCCCAAACAUUUCCGGAUUGAUACAAUUUGCGUUUAAUUUUGUUGCUAGCUUUAAUAAUAUAUAAUU